UCAAUUUUUCUUUUCCCGAGUCAGCCGUAGCCAGGCAGUUCAGCUUCGAACGGAGGUAUCGGGCGAGCUGACUUUAAAAUUCUUAUUUCGCACCAGCAAAGUAGAGCUGCGGUCGUUUGAGUUUUGAGGAAGGUGUAGUGUGAAGUAGUUUUCCUCCGCGACGACGACGACGACGACGGUAUCUCUGCGAAUCGCGUCAAUAACUACUUUGAUAGUGCUCGGUCAUCUAAAUCUAAAGUUUCGCAGCGAACCAGCUAAGGUCUAAAACAUCCGGUCGUCUCCGUCGUGGGUCAGCUGGAAAAGUCGAAAAUUAUUGUGUUUAGUGUGAAUUGAAAGUGCAAAGCUUUACCGGACCUAUUCCGGAUCCUUCCCAGUUGCAGGAGAAUGGCUCCUGCCGAAUGGUAGAAGUAGCCUGGCAAAAAAAUGUGAAAGUUUGGGUUUUUUUGCCAUUUUGCAAUAUCCGUGCAAUAGUGAAAUAAAAAAAUUGUGUCCUAGUUUAGUUUUCUGUUUUGGUUGCCGAAUUAGUUUAAUUUUUCUCUUCCCUGGAGCGAAAAUCUAUCGGAACUACUCCGAGCAGUUAGUGCGGGUUGGGGGCAACAAAAAUGUCGGUGGUGCGAACCAAAGUCCUUGGGCUGGUGGACGUAAUCAUGCGUGUCCCCAGCCUUUUUAUCAUCGAUGAAAUCCUAAAAAUAAGUAUGGGGCUGCCAAAUUCCUCGUCGUCAUCGAGCUCCUCCACAUCGACGACGUUCGGAGGAAGUUCUCCGGUAGUCGAGGAAUCGUCAGCGUCGUUCAAUGCGUCGCUAAAUGCCACGGUCAAAGCUGCGGCCACCAUGGCUGCGAACGUCCUGAGCGAAGCGGCGGGAGCAGCAAAUCCAUUGGAUGCCCAACAGGUCCACCCGGGAGGACAGGGUGGGGUCGAUACCCUGCGGGAUGAUAUCGAGUUCUACAAGUUCGUUUCGCUGACCACAGUGAAGUUUCUGCUGUGUUUGUUCGGUUGCAUCAGCGCAGCGUGCGUCUUCAUGCUAUGGACGCGCCAUCUAGUCAUAGUGUACAUGUACAUCAUCUCGGUGGGACUGAUAUUUCUGUCCUACUGGAGCAACGUAUCGGCCAUCUCGGUCAUCUCGGACGGACCUAGUCUGCUGGAGGACAUCCUGUCACUAAACAUGGACAGGUUGCUGGAUCCGGGAGGCGUUGCGCUUUCGAUACUGCCCCAUCUGCUGGCCCAGUGGCUGAUGGGGGUAAUUUUUGCCUACAUUCAUCUUGGACCGAAGUACCAUUUUACCCAGAAAGCUCUCCCGUUUAGCUUCCUGAUGCCACUUUUGCUGGCCAUGCUUCCGCUACCGACGGUGGUCCUGAAACAUUCCCCCGCCUUUGCCGCCAUCCUACCUUUGGUGCUUUCCAAGAUAGCGCUGUGGAGUUCGUCCUUCGAUGUUGUCAAAACCAUCUUAAACGGGUAUUCCCAUGCGCGGAAUUUUGCCAGCAACUUUGGUAUAUCAGCUUUGAUCGAGAACGAGUGGCAACGGUUGAAUGUGCCCUGUGUGCUGCGUGCCUUCUGGACCAUCCGGCUGACGGAACAGUUGAUAAGUCUGCUUGUGGCAUCGGACGUUCCGCUGCGAUUUGCGGCCACCUUCCAGAAUCUGCUCGUCAGUGGGUGUGAAACAUUAACGGCCGUCCUCGGCAUGACCAGUAUCAUCUCACUGAUUUGCCACUACAUCGGAAAGGCGUUCCAGCUGUUCCUGCUAUCGGAAGACUACGACGAGGACAAAUCCAUUGGGACCGUGUCGGCCAUAUUGUUCUACAUUUUAGCGCUGCAGACCGGAUUGACGUCCCUCUCGCCGGACAAACGCUUCGUGCGGUUGUGCCGAAAUCUUUGUCUGCUGAUUACGGCAUUGCUUCACUUCCUGCACAACAUUGUGGCACCCAUUCUGAUGUCACUCAGUGCCGCCAGGAACCCGUCAAGAAAACGCCACGCCCGGGCCCUUAUGGUAUGCGCUUUUCUGCUAAUCACACCGGUUGGACUGCUCAGUGUUCUAUGGUCACGCCAUUCUCCUUCGACGUGGCUGCUGGCCGUGACAGCCUUCUCGGUAGAAGUCAUCAUCAAGGUUCUGGUUAGUUUAGCAACCUACACGCUAUUCCUGCUGGAUGCACGGCGGCAAACGUUUUGGGAAAAAUUGGACGAUUACGUGUACUACAUCCGGGCGUUCGGGAAUUCCGUUGAAUUUUGCUUUGGAAUUUUUCUCUUCUUCAAUGGCGCUUGGAUUCUAAUCUUUGAGUCAGCUACCAUUCCUGUAGGCGGCGCGAUCCGGGCACUGAUGAUGUGCAUCCACGCUUACUUCAACAUCUGGUGCGAGGCGCGGGCCGGCUGGGGCGUGUUCAUGAAGCGACGCACGGCGGUGCACAAGAUCAGCUCGCUGCCCGAAGCGACCACUAGUCAGCUGCGCGCGUUCGACGACGUGUGCGCCAUCUGCUAUCAGGAAAUGACAUCGGCGAAAAUCACUCGCUGUAAGCACUACUUCCAUGGUGUGUGCCUGAGAAAGUGGCUGUACGUGCAGGACCGCUGUCCGCUGUGCCAUGAAAUAAUCAUGAACCAGGACGGACCGACCGGUGGAAAAGCCGGUGGCAAUGACCCGGCUGGUGGCGGGGCUGCCAUUGACAACGGGGUCGAAGCACCAGCAGCGGAUAGUACCGGGCAGGAAAACGGGAACAUCAAUGGACAGGGUAGUGCGGUUAAUUCGUACUCACUGACUGGUUCCUCUGGUAGUGGUCCAAGCACAACCAGUGCCGAUUCGACAAGUUCGAGUGCCAGCAGUAGCACCAACUCGACCAGUACAGUUAGUUCCAGUGGAGAAAGUAGCACCAUCAGCAGUAGUAAUAGUAGUAGCAAUACUAGCAGCAUCAUUAGCAGCGCGCUUCCGGCCGUGGUCAGCAGUUCCGGGCGCAGCCAUCUGUCCGUAAGUGGGUUCCGAAUUCCGAACCCAUCCUCGGUGAUGUCGACCUCGACGGCAUCCUCUAUUCCUUUGCCUUCGGUCGGUUCCAUUUCGACGUCGUUGGCUGCUGCCGACUCAUCGACAAACGCCGAUCGACCGCAUCAUCAGCCUAGGUCAUCGGUGGAUCGGGAGAUUCUGGACGGUCUGGAGUAAUCUAAGCCUCCACUUGCCAGGUUAGUGGUACGUAACGUGGCGCUGCUGUAAAAUCUUUUCCACCAUUCGGUUGAAAGAAAAAGUUCUUCAAAUUUAAGGGAGGGUGCUAUGGUUUAGUUUUUUAUUUAUUUUCCAAAUGAUACGCAUUUCCAGUUUUGAAGUUGUUAGGCAUGUUUGAUUUAGAGAAUCGUGCUAUUUUGAAUUUAUUCGGGCUAAUGAAAUUAAAUUUUACUCAAUUUUUAAACUGCUGCCAACCUACCUUCUAUUUCUUUAAAUGGAACAGUGAAAGUCCACGCAAAUUAUUCCUAAAAUCGAAGCAUCUCCAUUUCUAAUUCUACAUGUUCGCAGCAAUUUCCGAAGAAAUCCAGGCUCCAAUUUACAUACGUCGAUAUGUUUGAAAUACAUCAAUUGAACUAAAUAUUUUGAACACGCAUCACUUAUUCAGAAAACGGUGAACAGAAAAAGCUCUUUAAUCAAAUUUCACAAAACAGACACAUUUCAAGUCCAGAAAUUUGAUCAUUAACUACAUACAUAUUUGUCAAGUAUGUCUCAAUAUACAAGAUGUUAAAAAUAAAGAAAUGAAUUCGAUUGAAAUGUUGACCUCUUCCGUCAGCUCAGUCAGUAGGUGCUGAAACCGAUCAACUCUUGUCUGUUGGAACAAGAGAGUUAGCUAUCCUUGUAUUUACCAUCUACGUUAAUAUUCAACUGGUUGAAUAACGGAUUACGUUAAUCGUUUUGAAGAGUCCCCAACUGAAAUCAGGUUCCAAAACCGGGUUGACAAAUGUGUUUUUCAAAAUUGUACACCCAGACAGAACUUAUUUCUCCAAAUGUUGUUUAGUUUAUUUCUUAAUUUUCUUUUUAGUUAACCAAGUGCUUUGUUUUAGAUAGUCUCGUUUUGUUAGGAUUUUUAAAGCAAAUGUCUAGUGAAACGGUAGUUAUUAUUAUUAUUGUUGUUAUCGAACAAUGCGAAAAAAAAUAUUACUCUUUCAUGGGCUAGUGAAAGUAUGGUACGAAAUGUUAAGGAGCGUAUCAUAUGGGAUUAGUAAAGAAGAACAAUUGCAACCGAACAAAUUGUACGAUGUAUGUAAUCGUGUUAUUUCUUCAUUUCAAUUGAAUGUAUUGAAACGAAGAGCAGAACGCGAUCAUUGAAUCAGUUUUGAAAAAACUGAAAUAAAACAAAACACAGAUGAUUAUCAUUUUUCGCAAAAAAAAAACAGCGCUGGAAGUUGGUUGAAAAAAUGUAAACAAUUAAAAUAUGAUGUUUAAACCAAGCAUCAGACGCUACGCGCGCACGCACGUGUAAAUACUAUCAGUGUAAAACGCAUAAAACAAUUCUAUCAGAAGUAGAAUCAAAACAUCAUCCUCUGAGAUGAUGCCAUUAUUGAUGAAAACGUCGAGAUAGGUCGGGAUGAACGGGAAGAAGGUGUGUCGCGCUACUUCAGCAUGAGAAAAAGGAGAAAAUAUAGAAUAGGUUCUUAUUUAAA